UCAACGAAGACGACGAAAAAAAGGGAUAAAUAAAACCAGCAUCUGUCAGUUCUGUCACUAGUUUACGUGACGUUAGCCACUGCCAGUGUUUACCGUGAAGUGUCAACAAAUUUUAUUAUUAGCAUAUUUAGUUACACAAAUAUUCCAGAAAAGCGAGAAACCAAAUGUAUGGAGUUGUGUCCUCGUUUCCAAGUUGUAUAAAUAAGUAGGAAACGAUGGAAGCACCCAAAACGUCGGACGUGGUCCUAAUAGGGGGCAACUCCCACCCAGAACUGGUCAACUUAAUAUCGCACCGCUUGGGAGUCAAAGUUGGGGGCUGUGCUGUCUACCAUAAAACAAACCGCGAAACCAUGGUGGAAAUUGGAGACUCUGUUCGUGGCAAAGACAUCUACAUCAUACAAACAGGCACAAAAGACGUCAACAAUAACAUCAUGGAGCUACUAAUAAUGGCAUAUGCUUGUAAGACAUCUAGCGCUAAAUCAAUAGUCGGAGUGAUCCCUUACUUACCCUACAGCAAACAGUGCAAAAUGCGUAAGCGUGGCAGCAUUGUUUCCAAACUUCUUGCCCAGAUGAUGUGUAAAUCUGGACUAACCCACAUAAUCACAAUGGAUCUCCACCAAAAAGAAAUUCAGGGAUUUUUUGAUUGUCCGGUUGAUAACCUGAGAGCUAGCCCUUUCCUCUUGCAGUACAUACAAGAAUGUAUCCCGGAUUACCGCAAUUCAGUGAUUGUGGCUCGAAACCCAGGCACUGCCAAAAAAGCCACUUCAUACGCUGAGCGUCUUCGACUGGGAAUUGCGGUUAUUCAUGGUGAGCAGAAGGAAGCAGAGUCGGAUGAAGUAGAUGGGCGGUAUUCGCCACCCACUCUUCCCAGAUCUCGAACCAUGGAUGCUGGGGUUGGAGUUCCAGUGCAUAUUGCAAAGGAGAAGCCGCCAAUUAAUGUUGUAGGUGAUGUAGGGGGCCGCAUUGCCAUUAUGGUGGAUGAUUUAAUUGAUGAUGUGCAGUCAUUCGUGGCCGCCUCAGAAGUCCUAAAGGAACGUGGUGCCUAUAAAAUCUAUGUGUUAGCGACUCACGGUCUCUUGUCAUCAGACGCCCCAAGAUUGAUCGAAGAUUCACCCAUAGAUGAGGUUGUUGUAACUAACACAAUUCCGCACGAGUUGCAAAAGAUGCAGUGCCAUAAAAUCAAAACUGUGGAUAUCUCGAUUUUGUUGUCUGAAGCUAUAAGAAGAAUUCACAACAAGGAAUCUAUGUCAUAUUUGUUCAAGAAUGUUACCCUCGAAGACUAAGUAUUAGACAUAUCCCCAAGUAUUAAUUGCAUGUUAUUUUUGCAUAUAAAUAUUUUUUGCAUUCUUUAGUUUGGGUAAAUAAACGUCAUAAUGAGCAAUAAACAUUUAUUAAAUG